AUGCCGCCCUCACCGUUGGUUGCGGCGAUCCCUACCUCCGUGGUUAAGCGCCGCCCGCCUCCUGCCCGCCUCCCGCCUUUGUUUACCGCGGAGAUAAGCCCCGCGGGAUUACGCCAUCGCCCCAACGGCUUGACGAUGACGCGAUAUGGGCGCUCAGUCCACCGUGGACCUGUCAAUUGCUGUCUUGAUGUCUCCACCAUCACCGAUUCUAACGUAAUCAAUAUCCCAGUCCCCACCGGUACAUGGUCGACGCCUCGUUGUGAAUACGCAUCUGUUUGCUGUGCCAAACCUCCCAACCUCGCCUUCCGUAACCGUGUCCAGUAUACCGUCCUCAGACGCCCAUUGCCCCCCCCCCUCCACCUCGAACCCACCGACUCCACGCCCCUCCUCGUCGCCGACCUUCUCGUCCCAGACGCCGUCGUAAUGCCCGUUCGUGGACCACCUGCCCCUCGUUCGUACGCUGGACGUCGUGAGACUGGUCACCAGAUGGUCGGCAAGGCCUCAUCCCCUGCAACUUCGCUCGUAUGCAGGUCAACGCUACAUUACCUGGCGAAGGAAAUCUCUCCCACCCUAGUUGUUGUCGUACGCGCACAUCCCCACUCGAGGGGCGGCAGUAGGUCGUUAUUGACUCCUAGUAAAGUUGAGGAAAUUAGUGGGCGCGUUUUCGAUCGUCGCACUCGAACGUUGCAACAAUCUUACCACGCCCUGAUUGAAAGUCACCCGGCCAGCCGUCGGCAAGACGUCGAAGCAAUUCGUAAUGAGGUUGGAUGGAGUGGUGCUUUUUCCGAGGGCACUUGGGAGCCUAUCGACACGGGUGAACCCGCUGACGACAACACCGAGGACGACUGGUUUGAUGACCCCGAGGGAGGGUACGAGUCGAUCUCGGUCGCUAUUUUGCGUCGGAUUGGUUUCAAGGCUCUCUCACAAUCGUGGACUGAGCGGUUUACCCGGGAAGAAUACUCAUGGGGUCAAACACGGGAUCAAGUUUACGAAGCUUAUUUGGAGUAUAAUCGUACCGGAGCUCCCUUGUCCGAUCCAGCAUCCCCAACAUCUCCUGCGGCAUCAUCGAAAUCUCGGUCUUUUGCCAUAUUGUGUAUCAAUUUCACGACCAAAGUAUGGACCACGUUCACAUCUGACGCUAGUACUCCUCGAGUUGUAACCCUUGCACGCCACGGUUACUUUGCGCCGACCCCUUCCCUGCCUUCCUGCGCAAUACACGUUGACUUGCUGAGGUUUUGUGUCGCGCUACGACGUCAUGCAUCUACUAUCAGUAUACAGGGUAUCGCGACCGCCAUCUGCGACAUGCACAGGACUAUCUAUACACCCCAUAUACGCAAGCAACUCUCUGCCGCGAUUGAUUAUUAUUUAAUAAUCCAUUGGAUGGCCGAAGCAAACCUCGACAAAGCUCUAUCGCGAGACCACCCUGACUGGAGGAUGGCAAACACAUGCCCGGCAUGUAGUUAUCGUUUAAAGAAUGAACCAAAGCUCAAAUUUUCGGUGUUGUGUACAUGUGACGGAAACGAUUCGAUCAAGCGUGUAGCUGCGUCUUGCACCGUUGAUUGCCGAAAGUUCGACCAUAGUUAUUUUCUUGAUUCCCAGUAUGUCGACAGAUUUGAGAAUGAGGUGCCACGCGUGGAUGAGGGCGCGGAUGGUUUGGAAUCCACAAGUACGGCCUGUCACGAACGAUGGAAGAAUGCACGCGCCGACGACAAUAAAAAGUCAAUUGUGGUCUUCGAUGAAACCGGGAUUUUUGUAGCCUCAUGCCGUCACGGCUUCGUCCUACUUGUAGAGGACAUGCGUCAGUCGGGUGAACUGGCAAAGUAUGCACUUGCAGCUGUUGACAGAUUAUGCCAAGUAUUUGGCGACGACCUUCUCAUUGGCUAUGACAUUGGGUGCACUUUUCGUGGCACAGCGGAACGCAGCCCGCUUGUUGGGCCUGUGGUGCGCCGUCAUAACACUAAUUUUGUUGUUGGAUCGUUCCACGGGUAUGCUCACAACCGGAAGUGCCAAUUAGCAAAUCACCCGUUAAACGUUGAGGGUGCGGGAUUAGAGUCCUUUGAGGAGAACGAGCAGCUGUUCUCGUCAUCCAAUUCGGUUGCUCGCACGACUCGUCAUGCUUCCAGCUACCAUCGGCGGCAACUCCUAGCAUUACAUCUGGAAGGGUGGGAUUUUGGGCGCCGUUGCGCAAUAGGCUCAGUUUUAAAAGGACGGUAUACUUCAGCACUGCGCAUCAUGUCAACUUUACCCAAGGAAUUGCUCAAACUUGGUCGCGGAAAAAGCGACAAUGACUGGCGUGCCAUGUUUGAAUCAGAAAAACAGCAUUUUGAGGCACUUAAAGAUCCAACCCCCAAAAGCUUGUUUGCAAUGCAUUACGUGAAGCGACUUCGAGUUUUGGCUGAGAAAAAGAAGGCCUUCACUGAUGCAUUCUCAACCAAUAUGGCUCAUACACUUGCCAGUCACAUUGAUAUUUACCGCAAGCAUCCUUCCAUCCAAAACACCGAGCAAGAGGAUGAAUAUCAGCAUGGUAUUGCUACUCAAGUUAGAAAGAUUGAGGCACAGCGGAUGGCCGCCUCCGAGCAGCUCUUAGUCAUCCAGACUGAAGUUGAACGCCUGGAACAAGAGCAUGCUAUUAAUCCCCGAUGGACACCUGGAUGUAAGGAGUGGGAAGCAGCUGUUGAACGUGAGGCUUUGGAGGAUUACCACGAGGCUCUCCGUAUGCUUGAAUUGCUAGUCAUUCAGCGUAUUGCCGAGCUUGAAAAAGCAAACGCAAUUGGAACAGGCAAUGUAGGUUACAAAGCUCGUGUCCAAAUGUCAAAAGCUAUCAAACGGAGGGAAAAAGCGUUGAAUACAGCGUUAAAUCAAUACAAUGCUGCUGCCCAGGCUGUCAACCCUCCGCGACCAAUUAUUUCAUUCAAUGAACUCUCCGAAUACGCCUACCUCGCUAAUUUUGACUUCUUGAAGUACUCUGAACACGGUACACUGGAAGCGGAGUGGAGUCGCCCUGUGAAUCGGCGUUGCGUUGAGCUAUGGCAACGUAUUCAACGUGCUGAAGAGGAGAUUAUCCGGCUCAAUAUUGAAAUAACUCGAGUACUCACCCACAUUCGCGACGAGGAGGCCUUUUUAUCGGCUCAGUGUGAAGUACUGAAGUUGUCUAACCCAAACCUUGCCCAUAUUCUCUGUGAUCGCCUCCAGCUUACACAACAAGUUAACCAACGUGUUAAAAAAGACCUUGAGGACUUGGCCAAACUGAAGAAGUUCUCAGGAAGUCUUUCGUUGGGCGUAGGAGUACACUGUACUGAUUCAACCAAAGCUGGUGAUCCACAGCCAAACAACACCCCGGAGACAACGUUAGAGCCAAACCUUGCUUUGGGUGACACGGAAGAUGCAGGACUGGUGGACGAUUCUCUCAUGGAUGAUGAGUUUCCGGAGGCAGCUCAUGAUGCACUGACUGCAUUUGAAACAUGUUGCCAGUCGCAGUGA